AGGAUGCCAAAAAGUACUAGUGAUAAGAGGAGUAAAAAUAAGAAAAAUAAAGGGAAAAAUCUGAAAGAUGAAGAAUUUAAACCUUACCAGCAGAAUGCACAAAAAGAAAAGAGAAGGGAGAUAAUUGAUUGAGAUACAUUUAUAUCGCGACAUUUCAGUCCUGAUCAUGCUCAUUCCAAUUGAAAAGAAUGACAAGAGAUGGCAAAAUCACCAUCAGUCCUCCUCAAUUUAAAAUAACUCAAAUUGCAAUCCAAAUGUAAUUAACUACCUCAAGCAAAAAUACCCUCCCAAAACCCUUCAUCUUGAUUUCAAACUCCGAAAAAAUCGUACUCUCAGUCUCACUCAAGCUAAUUCAACCCAAGAUUCUUCCUCUCCCUUCAAUCCUGCUCUUCUUCCACUUCCUCCAAAAAUCACAUCUCAAAUUCUCCACAAAGGAAUUCAUUUUCAAGAACCCAAAUCUGGCCUAUUGGCUAGCCUCAGGAAUGAAAUAGAAGGCAUUAACCCUAAGAAAGCCGAGAAUCUCUCUGUAGACCAGAUCUUGCUCAACCAGCUGUACAAAGAUCGUUCCAUCAAGCACAGCUUGGCCGAGCGUCUCGGCCAAGCUGUGCAUAUGGGAACUGUACAGAAAGUUGAGAAAAUGGGGAUUCCAGAGCAGACCAAAAGCUUAAUCCUUGGUAAAACUGUAGGCAAACCUGCUAAGACUCGAAAAUUAAGGAAAGAGUCAAGACCCCAAAGUAUCUCUGUAGUUCCUCAAGAAAUUAGCAGCGAUGGCAAGCAGAAAUUAAGAAAACAAAGGAAUCCUCUCAAGGAAGAAAUGCAACAGGUUGAUACAGACAAGAAACUUGAGAUCAAAAACAAAUUUAGGCAGAAAUCCGACGAAAGAAAGAAGGAAAUUAUUCAAAGAAAUAAGGAGUUCCGUAGAAUCAAAGACUCAAGUCCACUUUUUGUGAAGUUUCAACAAACAGCUGAUGAAAGAGAUGAGAAAGAACUCACAGAGAAAUUAUCGAUCCUGAAAGAUCAUCAGAAGGAUAAAAUAACACCUCUAUUUGAAGUUAAGAAGCAAAUAUCUGCAUAUAAUGAUCAGAAGAGCAAGCUUAUAGCAAAGCUUAGGAUGAAAAGACUUUCAGAGAAUCCGAAAUCUAGAUCUAUUACUGAUCCUAAACUAUUUACGACUAAAUUGAGAUCACGGACAUUAGCAAUGGACAAAAAAUUAGCGACUCUAACUAAGCUACAGAAGGAAGAGAGCAAUAACAGAAUCAAGAAGAGGAGGGUCUAUGCAGACAGUGUCAGAAGACUCAUCCCAGUAGAGAUCAGUGAGCAAAAAAAGAAGGAAAUGGAAAUAUUAUAAUUAAAGAACAGAUGAAGCCAGCUAGAGAUAAAAUUAAGAAACUGAUCAAGAAUAAAAGCUAUUUCACAAAACCUAGGCUAAAAUAAGGCUUCUCCUCAAAUGCAAUCGGAGAACACAAGUAACUUUUAUGAAAACCCGAAUUCGGAGACCAAGUCAAUCCAAGAUCUACAUGCUGAUCUAAAAUUGGUUCCUAGUACUCAGGAAAAUAGAAAGCUUAAUCAAGAUUUAUCAAAUAAGGCUCCAUUAUCAAGGAACAAGAAUACUUUGCAGCCUGCUUAUCUUCGGACUUAUGGGACUACAGACAAAGUUAACCGUACUAGAGUUGAUCUUCGGUCUUCCACUCCAGAGUAUACCUUUAAGGUCCCCAAGUACAAGUCAAAAUUAUGGAAGAGUAAUUUCAUGCCUGGAGAAUCAUCCUCUCCAAUGGAAAUCAAAGAGAAUGCCUCCUUGAUUGAGAAAUCCAUGGAACUCGAGAGAAGAGUCAGAAUGAGAGAGCUAAAGAAUCCUAGUACCACAGGAAGUCAAGUAAUUAAAGAUUCUGAAGAAGUCAAUGAAAUGCUUAUUGACUCCAUACUUUACAAGGUUGAGUUCUUGAACAAUUUGUAAAUGUAUUUUCAAUUUAGAAAUA